AUGCCAUCGUUGGUUGACGAGGAGGAAGCAAAGGAACAAACAUUCGAUAGCGAAGAGGAAGAAGAGCAGCAACACAAAGUACUAGCAGAUCACGAGCAACAGCUCACAACAAAAACCAAUACGGUUUCAAGAAUCCCGUCAGAGACUUCUCCCAAAGCUGUCAGCACCGUCGCAACAGAAGCUACCAUGGCGGCAGAUCCAAAGCUAGCCACCAAUGAAUCGGUGCAGGCUGAUCCCCUUGGCGCUCUCGCAAGUGCGGCUUUAGCGGAUGCUUCUGCAAACGAAGCCAAAAAGGCAUCGACAACAACGUAUAGUUCUCCAAAGGCAGACAAGCAGUUUUUAGAAGAAAAGAAAGAGAAUGCCCAUCCAGUGGCGACUAUCUCUUUUCGUCGUGAGCCUCCACUCGUUCCGAGAGGUGCAUACCCGUAUCCGGCAAGAUAUCCUCCUCGAGGUGAUGAGCAUUUGUACCAUCGUAGCGAGGGGUAUCCGCAUCCCGAACACGGGUACCCACCAAGGACGGAAGCUUACCCACCUCCUCCGCCUCAUGGUGAGUAUUACUCAGCAGCAAUUCCUCCUUAUCGACCUGAAUACCCGCCCCCAUACGGUUGGCAUGGUGCUCACUUGCAGCAUUCAGCGCCGUCGCAUGGCCCGCCGCCUCCCCCUCCACCACCAGCCCACGGCAGAGAGUAUUGGAGUCGACACCAUCCACCCCAUGCACCUCCACCGCCACCACCGAUGGCAGGCCGUUCUCCUUACCAAGCCUCUCACCUUUCUCAGUAUCCGGGACAGCCCACUGCUUCCACGCCGCCGGUAGGUAGGAUGCACUACCCACCCCCUCCCUAUUACAAGGGCGCGCCACCGACCGCGUAUCCUCCGACACCUCAACGAGGAGCACCCGGCUCGGACGCAGCUGGUGCUCACCCGACUUCACCUUCGGGAUCUUGGGCUCAUCGCCCCCCUCAUGUCGUUGGGACGCCGCCGCAUCCUUCCAGACCUGGGGCUACAACGAGUCCCGCAAGCACAACUAGGUCAAACGACUCCACGCCUAGGCUUUUGACGACCAGUGCCGUGAAGCCGCCAUCGCCCUUGUCAGACCACGGGGAAGACGACAUUUAUGGGGAUCAUCACGCAUCUCAAGGCAUAACCAGGAUGAUAGGAGAAAGCAGCGCCUCCAGCCCCCCUCGUUCGGCUUCUGCAGCAGCGGCGGCGGCUCGAAAACUUCAGGUGCUGUCGGGAGCCGGUUUGUUGCACCCCCAUGCAACUGGACAGCCGACAUUGGCUCACAACAAGAUUGCUACGCCGUCCAACCUCACAGCAUCGGGUAAGCGACGAGCUUCGAUGGGCAAGUGGACAGAGGAAGAAGAUUCCUUGCUUCGCCAGGCUGUAGCAGAAUUCUCCGGUAGGAGUUGGAAGAAGAUAGCCUCGCGCCUAUGCGGCCGCACUGAUGUGCAAUGCCUGCAUCGUUGGCAGAAGGUCUUAAAGCCAGGCCUGAUCAAGGGCCCUUGGACUCCAGAUGAAGACGCUACUGUCAUUCGUUUGGUACAGAUCCAUGGCACAAAGAAGUGGAGCUUCAUCGCUCGGCAGUUGAAUGGAAGGCUUGGCAAACAGUGCCGAGAACGAUGGUACAAUCACCUCAAUCCUGACAUCAACAAGGGGGAGUGGACUGAUGACGAAGAUCGUAUCCUCUUGGAGGCACACGAAGAGCUUGGCAACCGAUGGGCAGAAAUUGCCAAACGUCUUCCCGGUCGCACUGACAAUGCGAUCAAGAACCGUUGGAACUCGACACUCAAGAGGAUCCUCUCCAGAGGCCCCCAAGAGACUCGAAAACGAAGAUCGGACUCGGCUUCGUCAGGAUCAGUCACAGCACAAGCGGACAACCAUGUAAAAGCAACGAAGGAAAAGGAUGCAGCGACAAAAUAUACAGGGGAAAAGCGAAGCAGAGAAGAAGACCAGGUUGCAGCCGAGGCUCUCAGUGGCUUGGCUGGUUCAUCCAAAACGAAGAAGCUUCGCGUGCUCCCAACGAAUGCAAGCAAGAAGUGCAGCUCGUCAUCUCUCUCUGGCAUCACGAGGAGCGCUUCUGAUCUUAGAGGUGAUGCAGACUUGUUGCUUGGGUUCAAUCGUAGCUCUCCAACAGUGUCCACGGCGUCAUCGUAA